AUGGAGGCUCUCGACGGGCCUGCCCCGAAGAGACGCAAGGUCUCACCAACUCUCGACCAACCGUCCAUUGCCCCCGCAGCCCCAUUUUCUGAAUACGUUGUAGUCGCCCAAGCGCACCUGAGAGCCUCGACGCCCGACCCUGACCUUUUCGACCGGACUCCCGACGACGCUGCUCUGGAAAUCACUGUGCUGGAGGUGACCAAGUCGAAGAGCUGCCAUGUCAUUCGAUUCUCUGUUGGGCGAGGCAGGAUCGGGAAGUACAUCUCGAUUGAUGGUCUGUCACCGAGGGAUCUGCAGAUCCUCGAAGACGUUCAAAAGUUGGAGUCGGCGGUGAGAUACAAACAUCCCGCGGCGCUGCCACUCGCUUGUGCGUAUGCCGUGGUGCAGCCCGUGGGUCACGAGGUCUGCAUCCAAGUCUGCAUUCUGUGGGAGAAUACCGCCGUUGUUCGAGAGAAGGUUGACCCGGUAUUACUUGACAUGCUUGGACGUUAUCUGCCACCCGCGGAACCCAACGAGCCUGCGCUCGAACCCUGGAACCCUCGUCAGUUUUAUGACAAUGUUCACGUUCCCGAGAAGUCAGAUGCCAACUCUGCAGACAUUCGGAUCCCACACCUGGACUCGCAAUUGUACCCGUUUCAGAGACGUGCUGUUCGGUGGCUCCUUUCAAGAGAAGGUAUGGCUGUGCAAACGAACGGCGAACUUGAGCUGCUGCCUGAAUCGUCCGAGAGUCGGCUUCCAAGAGGGUUUGAAAAAUUUGAAACAGUGCACAAUGGGGCUUGCUAUGUCAACCAUACAUUGGGAGUUACUACGACAGAUCUAUCUGCGGUCGAGGAAUAUUUUGCGUCCAUCCAAGGCGGGAUUCUAGCAGACGAGAUGGGUUUAGGAAAGACGCUGGAAAUCAUUGCUCUAAUCUGCCUGCAUGCUAGAACAGCCUGGACACCUAAUCUUCCGGGGUUGAAACCGUCUCCUGCAACCUUGAUCAUCACACCCCCAUCGAUUCUUGAGCAGUGGAAGGACGAGCUUCAGAAUCACGCUCCCUCACUGAGUGUUUUCCAUUACACGGGAGUUGGCAGCUACAGGAAAUCGGGAGAGAAGCUAAUCGAACAACUUCUCAGCCAAGACGUGGUGCUGACGACCUACAAUGUCAUAGCAAAGGAAGUUCAUUACGUCGCUGAGAAGCCGGAUCGAAAUCUGCGCUAUAAACGAGAGGAGACGCCAAAGAGCCCUUUGACUCAGAUAUCAUGGUGGCGUGUCUGCCUAGAUGAGGCUCAGAUGGUUGAGAGUGGUGUGUCUUCCGCGGCUACAGUGGCUCGCCUCAUCCCACGGCACAACGCUUGGGCAGUCACGGGAACCCCUCUUCGGAAAGGACACCGAGACUUGUUUGGCCUCCUGCUCUUCCUUCGAUACGAGCCGUGGUGUCGAUCACCGCGGCUGUGGGAUUACCUCAUUAAUUACCACCGCCCUCUCUUCCGGGACAUGUUGGGAGAGAUUGCCAUGAGACACUCCAAGGAAUUCGUACGUGAGGAUCUACGACUACCACCGCAAAGCCGACAUACCAUCACAAUCCCCUUUACCGCCAUCGAAGAACAACACUAUGCCCAGCUUUUCCAGGAGUUUUGUGAGGAUUGUGGUCUCGAUCGAACGGGCGCUCCUUUGGAAGACGACUGGGAUCCAGACUCCCCCGCUACGGUAGAGAAGAUGCGGACCUGGCUGACUCGUCUACGACAGACAUGUCUCCAUCCUGAGGUUGGAGGUCGGAAUAGGCGUGCAUUGGGUCGAAACACGAACGGUCCCCUUCGGACGGUGGAGCAAGUGCUGGAUGUGAUGAUAGAUCAGCAUGAAAGUCAGCUUCGCACCGCGCAGCGAAAUAAAUUGAUCGCACAGAUCAGGAGAGGGCAAUUAAAAGAGAACGCCAAAGACACCGACGAAGCUCUUCGGAUAUGGAAAGGGGUUUAUGACGAAUCUGUUGGUAUUGUAACGGAGUGCCGCAAACAAUACGAAGACGAGCGGCAGUUAUCGGAUGCCAAGAAGGAGCAACAAGACGAUGAAGAAUCGAAUCCAAGGCUGACGACUUUGAGGGCUCGAUUACGAUCUGCUCUGGAGGUUCAGCACAUUGCUAUUUUCUUCAUGGCCAAUGCGUACUUUCAACUCAAAUCCAACUAUCCUCCGGAAAGUGAGGAUUACCAGCAACUGGAGAAACAGGAGACGGUGGCAUAUGAAGAGGCAAAGUCAAUUCGUGGAGAGCUGCUGACAGAGGCGACGAGUCAUGUAAACAAGAUGAUUACCACAGUCAGGUCCAACUUGGCAAGCGGGGUGACGCAGAUACCACCUAUGACCGAGCCCUCGGGGUAUGGCGGGAUUGAAAGCAGGAGGAUUUUUGAGAAACUGCAUCACUACUGCAAAGCGAUGGAUGCCCAAGCAGCGCAAUUUCAUGAGUUGCGGCAGAAGAUGGCGGACUUCUUGAGCCAGGCCCUUAUCGACGAGGAUGAAGGCAUCGAACUCCAAGGUGAUGAAUACGAAAGUUCGACCAAGCACCAAGACGAGAUGUACGCAUACAUGGAAGCGCUCAGAGCCUUGUUCGCCGACCGUUCCGAGGCCAUCAACGGUCAACAAAACCUGCUCAUCAGACAGGAAAUGAAGCAGUUCUACCGGAUCGCCAAGGAAGGGGAAGGCCCUGCACCUAGCUUGAUGCUGAAGUUGCUUGCCCAGCGUGAGCAAACGCGUGUCAAGGUCAGUAAGUUGGGCUGUCUACGUGGGAUUAUGGCCGAAAUCAGGCAGAUGGCAUCUUCCUUGCAGUGGCAAGAAGGGAACAACCAGACUCGUGCCAGCCAGGAACUGGCAAUCCUGGAACGUAUUCUGAAACACGUUCAGCAACUCAAUUCGGCACAGACGAAAGCUUUGAAUAGUCUUGAGCAGGAGGUGAACCAUUUCCGCGAUACAAUGAACAGCCGGCUGGAAUAUUACCGUGCGCUUCAAAAGAUCUCGGACACUGUCGCACCGUACCAGGAAGAGAACGUGGGAAAGCCUCUGUUCGAACCACACUACCAGGAGUUUGAGGCCGAAGAAGCCAAACUACAACAGAGAAUUGCCUCCGGUUCUGCCAAACUUCGAUAUCUAAUGCACAUGAAGACAGAGUCCAAGUCGACAGGGCCUCGGAUUUGCGUCAUUUGCACUGACAGCUUCGAGGUUGGUGCCAUGACCAACUGUGGGCAUUUGACGUGCAAAAGCUGUUUGAUCCUAUGGGUCAGUCAACACCACAAUUGCCCUGUGUGUAAGACCAGGUUGCUUCCAAACAGCUUUCAUGACAUUACCUACAAACCCGCCGAGAUAGCUGUGCAAGCCGAAUCUCCGUCCAGCUCCACCUCAGCUUCCACAUUGUCGAGCACGGACCACCAUCAUGAUCAGUCGAUCUACUCUGACAUCAGCACCACCAUGUUGAAUCAGAUCAAGAACAUUGACAUUCAGGGCCCCAGUUUUGGCAGUAAGAUUGAUUUCCUCUGCCGUCAUCUGCUCUGGCUCCGUGAGCAUGACCCCGGCUCCAAAUCUAUUAUCUUCUCACAAUAUCGCGAGUUCAUCGACGUGCUCGCUCGGGCAUUUUCAGCAUACAAAAUCUCAUCGACCCGUAUUGAUGGCAAGAACGGCACUGAAAAAUUCAAAUCCGACCCGGCCAUUGAGUGUUUUCUGCUUCAUGCAAAGGCGCAUUCCGCUGGUUUGAAUCUUGUAGUUGCGAGCCAUGUCUUUCUCUGCGAGCCGUUGAUAAACACGGCGAUCGAGCUGCAAGCAAUUGCGCGAGUGCAUCGUAUCGGACAACACCGGCCGACGACAGUAUGGAUGUACCUUAUCGCUGACACCGUUGAAGAGUCCAUCUACGAGAUCAGUGUAGCGCGGCGACUGGCACACAUGAAGAGCAAGAACGAAACCGAUGCCUCUUCGGCCUCCCAGUCGGGCAGAAAUACCCCCCAUCUGAACAAGACUCUUCAAGAGAAUGCAAUCGAUGCCGCCAACUCUCUGGAGCUACAAGCCGCCAACCUCAGUCGGCUACUUGCCUCGGGCAAGUCGGGUGGAGAGAUAGUGGACAAGGAAGAUCUCUGGUCGUGUUUAUUUGGCCGAGCCAAGCGACGUGACGAGUCGGCGCUGGAGGCACUUGCUGAACACCAGCCUGCAAACACGGAAGUGGGAAGGUUCUUGCGGGCUGAGGCUGCGGAAACCAGGUUUGACACAAGUUGA